AUAGACCCAGCUGCUUUGUAGAAAAGGCUAACAAACGGUCUCAGUUUCCUGCUUUGAAAACCACUUUUUCAUGGACACAAGACAGAGUCAUGGAGCCUCGUUCACAGGUGUCAUUCCCAGAAAAGAAGCAGGAAAUACAGAGUCAAGAGGCUGAUGCCACAGUCUACAUGAAAUUCAUGAAAAGUCACCGCUGUUAUGAUGCCAUUCCAACCAGCUGUAAACUGGUCAUAUUUGAUACCACACUACAAGUGAAAAAAGCCUUUUAUGCACUGGUGGCAAAUGGCUUGAGGGCUGCACCACUAUGGGACAGCAAGCUGCAGAGAUUUGUGGGUAUGCUGACUAUUACAGAUUUCAUCAACAUCCUUCACUGCUAUUACAAGUCCCCCAUGGUUCAGAUGUAUGAGCUUGAGAGCCACAAGAUAGAAACAUGGAGAGGUGAUUCCCUUCGAAAUGUUUAUUUGCAGUAUUCCAAUAACUUCCUCAUUAGUAUCUCUCCAGAGGCCAGCCUCUUCGAAGCCAUCUAUUCCUUACUCAGAUACAAAAUCCACAGGCUGCCCGUAAUCAAUCCAGAGUCUGGGAAUGUCCUGCACAUUCUGACCCACAAAAGAAUCCUCAAGUUCCUCCAUAUAUUUGGGAAAAAACCUCCCAAGCCUGCAUUCACAAAGAGGCCGAUCCAGGAACUUGGGAUAGGAACUUUCAGGAACAUCGCCACUGUCCAGCAAACUGCAUCGCUUUAUGAUGCCCUCUCUAUAUUUGUGGAGAGGCGGGUGUCUGCGCUGCCAGUGGUGGAUGAACAAGGCAAAGUGGUGGCACUCUACUCAAGAUUUGAUGUCAUUAACCUAGCAGCCCAGAAGACCUACAACAAUCUGGACAUGACGAUGCAGGAGGCUGUUGAAAAGCGGAUAUGUUGCGUUGAGGGAGUUAUUAAGUGCUAUCCAUAUGAAACCUUGGAAACCAUUAUAGACCGUAUAGUUAAAGCUGAGGUCCAUCGGCUGGUCCUGGUGGACAGGGCUGAUGUGGUGAAAGGCAUCAUCUCUCUGUCUGACCUGCUGCAGGCAAUGGUCUUAACCCCUGCAGGUAUUGAUGCCCUCUUGUCCUAGCACCAGGGGAAAGAGGGCCCCCCUCCCCUCCUUUAGCACCUGUGUAGGCUUGAGUCUUGGCAGUGCACCCAGGCAGAAAUUGGCAUGUGACUGAAAUGAGCCCUCAUACCAGGAAGAAAUAAUCCCCAACUCUACUGCUGUUUAUAUGCUUUCUGGACCCUAAUGCCUCAAUGCAUCUGCACAGCUCCACAACACAAAGCAGCAUUUGAUCAGUAAAUGUUUACUGAUUUUGAUAACAUUUCUCAAUUAAAUUUGUAUUUAA